UUUCUUUUUGACAGAUUCAAAAUCUAUAUUUUCAAUUAGCUGUAACAUAGAAAAGUUAGGCAUAGCUUUACAGCCAUUCGGACACGUUGUUUACAAUGUCACUGAACGGAUGAAUCAAAAUACCAAUUCCUAUGCGUGUUCUCAAGUCUCUUUCUCCUGUCAUUACUAAUACUGCUCUGUCUUGAUGAAAACUUUCUGGUGUUAACUUCCUGAGGAAAACCGUUGACCUCUAUUCAUAAUAGUUUGAGAUUUUUGUCCAGCUGAAAGUGACAAUAUCGACAGAGGCUAGUUAAAGGUACACACUAGCCAUAGUUAUCUCAUUGGUCAAGUAUAGGCUAGCUAAGACAAGCCGAGGAAGUGCAGUCAAGUAUGAGUGGGCGUUUAAGGAGCUUAAAUGGAAUCUUCCCAGUUUUGAAACCACAUGGGAUAACGUCAGCUCAGUUGUUAAACAUAAUUAAGGAGAAAUUAGCAGAAGAAAUACCUUCAGGUCAUAAGUCUGUAAUGAAAAUGGGACAUGGUGGGACACUGGACUCUACAGCCACUGGUAUCGUAGUUGUUGGCAUUGGGAAUGACUGUAAAAGACUGAAAGUCUUUUUGAACAGUGAGAAAAGUUACUUUGUUCGAGGUCAGCUUGGAAUAGCUACAGAUACUUACAAUGAAACUGGUCAAGUUCUGAUGGAAAGAAGAUAUGAUCAUGUUACAGAAAACUUGUUGCAGGAGAGACUAAAGGAAUUUGAAGGGCGGAUAAAACAAACACCCCCUGUGUAUUCUGCCUUGAAAAAAAAUGGAAAAAGAUAUUCUGAUUUGGCCAGAGAGGGAAUUGAACUUGAAUUGAAGCCAAGAUUUGUUCACUGUUAUGAGUUGAAGUUGACUGAAUUUAAUCCACCAUAUUUUGCCUUGACUGUUUCUUCUGGCCCAGGCUUUUAUAUCCGUAGUUUAAUACAUGAUCUUGGCCAAGCAGUUGGAAGCUGUGCACAUGUUCAAGAACUGCAACGCACACAGCAAGGUCCAUUUCACAUAAAGGAUGCUCUUUCUGAGAGUCAGUGGAAUUUAGAGCAUAUAAGCUGGUGUAUAAGUAAAUGGAGAGGUAGACUACAGAGCUACUUUUUCAGUGCUGAUAAAUGGUAAGCAUAAUUAGUUAUAUCUUAUACUGUACCCAAGAUCAUAUUGUCAAGUUCAUUUGUAUAAUAAUAUAAUAUUUAUUUGGCUUUGUAGUC